AUGAUAUCGAGUUUCUCGCCGAUGCAAGUACGGGACCUGCGAGCUCCCGAAUUGCUUGCGCCGGCGCCGCUGCAGGUCUUUGAUUUACCAGGGAGCACAGAGACUGAGACGGAGAAGGAUUUAAGCCCCCGUUUUGGCAGAGGUUCCGUCAGAAGAAGUUCCGCGAACUGGAGCUGGAGCAAAACUUCAGGCCUAGACAGAAGCUCGUCUGCUGCGAGCUGCAGCAAAACAUCUAUGUCAGUGGCAGGCUUCAUGGAGAAGAGUGGGUCGUUGGCAAGCUUUGGCAAGGAUGAGCAAGGGCUUCGUUCGCCGCGAGGAUGA